GCGCUGUGCAGACAAGCCCGUGAGCACGACAAAGAUACGAAUAGCGCCGUAGAGGCAAGUAGACUUCCAUCGAAUAGGAGGUUGGCCCGUUGUGCUCAUCGUAUAUAAGCUCACUCCCUUGUCAAACAGCGUUCUGUGUGCUUACACAGCUUCAUUGCACUGCCUCACGUGGCCCCAGCGUACGUAGAGGCUAAAGUCUUAGCGAAACUACUGUGUAAUUCUCAUCAAGCUUUGUCUGCUUGCUCCAUCCUGUCAGUCGUUGUUAGCCUCACAGAAGCAUCCCUGUCGGGUGACAAUAUGGCACUUCGAGUGCAAUUCGAAAAUAACAAUGAGGUAGGCGUAUUUUCGAAACUGACAAAUAGCUAUUGCCUCGUAGCUAUCGGCGGCAGUGAAAACUUCUACUCAGUAUUCGAAGGUGAACUCAGUGAUGUGAUGCCAGUUGUACACGCAUCGAUUGCCGGAUGCCGCAUUAUCGGUAGGUUAACUGCUGGAAAUCGUCACGGGCUUCUUGUGCCAUUUACCACCACAGACCAAGAGUUGCAACAAUUGCGUAACUCACUACCAGAUUCUGUGAAAAUCCAGCGCGUUGAAGAGCGCCUCUCCGCACUGGGCAAUGUGAUCGCUUGUAACGACUAUGUUUCUUUAGUUCAUCCCGAUAUCGAUAAGGAAACUGAAGAAAUUAUUGCCGAUACCCUUAAGGUGGAGGUGUUCCGUCACACACUUGCUUCACAAGCACUCGUAGGAAGUUACUGUGCUCUGUCAAACCAAGGGGGUCUUUUGCAUCCCAACGCAUCGGUUGAGGACCAGAAAGAAUUGUCAUCGCUUCUUCAGGUGCCACUUGUUGCCGGUACAAUCAAUCGUGGUAGUAACGUUAUUGGCGCUGGUCUCGUUGUAAACGAUUGGGCCGCCUUCUGCGGAAUGGACACAACUUCAACAGAACUUCAGGUUGUCGAGAGUGUAUUUAGGUUGAAUGAUGCUACAGUCACGGCUAUCGGAACCCACUUGAAGAGCUCGCUGAUCGAGAGCAUGACCUAGAUCGAGCAGUGUAUAGAACCCCUCACUGUUAUAAUGCAGAAGCAAGAGAAAAUUAAAGGCGAGUACUUGAUGUGUCGUCAACGAAACCACUAUCGUCUUAACGAAUAGGCAGAUGUCAAUACUAAUUAAACAUACAUCAUGCGACUUGUGCAACAAAAAGCAGCUUGUUUUGAGUAUAUUAUCACCGUGGAGGAAACACUAUGUAUUUCUAAUAACAGUAAUGGUAAUAAAGAUAUCAUGCACAAUGUUAAGUAAACUAAAUAUCUGGUGUACU